AUAGAAAAGUAAACAAACAAAAGAAAGGAGGAGGAGGGAGAAGCCAUGGCUUCAUUGGGUUCUAAAGAGACUUGUCCUAAUGAAGAACCAGAAGAUUCAUAUGCCCUUUCGGCCAUGCUUCAGUGUUGUAGCCAGAUCUAUUGUGCAGUUCUUAAAGCUUCGCUUGAGCUCAACGUGUUUGAGAUCAUAGCUAAGGAAGGAGGAAGACAUGUGUCAGCUUUUGAAGUUGCCUCAAAGCUUCCAAGUUCAUCUCAGCACAAAGAAUUGGCUUUCAGGAUAGAUCGUCUCUUGAGGCUUCUUGCAAGUCACUCUCUUCUGAAUUUUUCAAUUGGUGAAAAGGAAGAUGGCAGCACUGAGAGACUCUAUGCGAUUUCUCCGGUGGGAAAGUACUUUGUUGGUGGGGAUGAUGGAGGAUUCUUAACUCUCUUCUCAUCAUUCAUUUGCCAUAAGGCACUUAUGGAUGCUUGGAUGAAUUUUAAGGUGGCAAUUAUAGAGGAAGACAAUGACUUAUUCAAGAAAGUUCAUGGAAUGCCAAUGUACCAAUACGCUGAGAAAGAUCCAACAUGGAACAAUAUUUUCAACAAAGCAAUGGCCAACCGUUGCAACAUAGAAAUGAGAAGAAUAUUGGAAAUAUACAAAGGAUUUGAGGGAAUAUCAACACUUGUUGAUGUUGGUGGUGGAACUGGCCAAAACCUCAAAAUGAUUGUCUCAAAGUAUCCUUCAAUUAAGGGAAUCAAUUUUGAUCUGCCCAAUGUUAUUCAAAACGCAACACCUCAUCCAAGGAUCGAGCAUGUUGGAGGGGAUAUGUUUGAAAGCGUUCCAAAAGGGGAUGCCAUUAUGUUGAAGGCUGUGUGCCACAAUUGGUCGGAUGAAAAUAGCAUAAAAGUGUUGAGGAAAUGCCAUGAAUCGUUGCCAGAAAAAGGGAAGGUCAUAGUAGUGGAAUACAUAAUGCCUGAAGAAAUUGGAGCAACAGAGGAAGCUAAGUUCGUAGCAAGCUUGGACAACAUCAUGUUUCUUCAUGGUGGAGGAGAACGAACUGAGAAAGAAUUUCAAUCUCUUUGCAAAUGUUCUGGCUUUUCUGGUUUCAAAGUCGCUUCUUGUGCUUUCUCUGCUUUAGGAGUCAUGGAAUUCUACAAGUAAUAAUUACACACACACACACACACAAAGUGAUCUUAUAUCAUAUUCUCUUGUUUCAAAUGGCUGUUUAGAGGCGUCUCUUAGACUUGGCAUAAAUGAAUAAGAAUAAAUUUACUUAAACCAAAGCAGCUAGGAUGAGAUGGGACAUUAGUAAAUGUCUAAAGUUUAACUCCUCUUAAUGUAAUAAAAAAUGAGUAUAAAAUAUUAUGUUGCGUUUUAAUAGAUUUAAUUUUUUUCAUUAUAUAAGUAAAUUAUAGAAAGCUUUAUUUUUUAUCAUUAG